GGAAGUGCUGAGCAGUGCUGGGGCGCCGCGCACCAGAGCGCACUGGACCUUGGAGCCUCCCAGUAUAACAUUCAUUAUUUUUAUCAUCAGAUUGUAGAUUUGAAUUCAUUAUUUCUUCGUCCUCUUUCUUUAUUUUUUAUUGGUUUCAAUAGAGUUUGGAUAUGUUGUUUCCUUUGGAGCGUUUUCUUCUUUACGCACGAGCAUCACGGACGCUGCGUUUAUGACCUGAGGCACCGACGGGAGAGAGAGCGCGACAUGGAGACGUUCACGAUACAAGACGUGCUCAUGAACUCCACCGACCUGAACAAGAUCCUGUGCAAUUUCGGGAUCAAGAAUAUUUCGGAAUGCGAGGAGGAGCAGGAGCCGUCGCCCGAACCCCAAGAUAUCAACCAGACCGUGCGGAUCUUCCUCUACAGCCUCAUCUUCCUCCUCAGCGUUGUGGGCAACAGCCUCAUCGUCGCCGUGCUGGUGAGGAACCGGCGCAUGAGGACGGUCACCAACCUCUUCCUGCUGUCCCUGUCCAUCAGCGACCUGAUGGUGUCCCUGGUCUGCAUCCCCUUCACCCUCAUCCCCAACCUCAUGAGGGACUUCGUCUUCGGAGCCGGCAUGUGCAAGCUGGUCAUGUACUUCAUGGGUGUCUCAGUCAGCGUCUCCACCUUCAACCUGGUGGCCAUCUCCCUGGAGCGCUACAGCGCCAUCUGCAACCCGCUGACCUCCAGGUCGUGGCAGACCAAGUCCCACGCCGCCAAGGUCAUCACCGCCACCUGGGUGGCGUCCUCCAUCCUGAUGCUGCCCUACCCCAUCUCCAGCACCCUGAAGCCGUUCACCCGCCUGAACAACAGCACGGGGCACAUGUGCCGCCUGGUGUGGCCCAACGACGCCAUCCAGCAGUCCUGGUACGUGUCUCUGUUGUUGCUGCUCUUCCUGAUCCCCGGCAUCGUCAUGAUGACAGCGUACGGACUCAUCUCCCUGGAGCUGUACAGGGGCAUCAAGUUCGAGCUGUCCAGCAGGAAGUCCAGCAGAGAAAGGCAGUGCAGCACUGGCAGCAUCAAACCCGGCGACAACGACGGCUGUUACAUGCUGCCGUCGAAGAAGAGGAGCAUCACCUGCAGCUUCUCCCACUCCAGCACCAAGCCCCCGCCGCUGGGUCGGGUGUCCAGCAGCAGCUCCACAGCCAACCUGAUGGCCAAGAAGCGCGUGGUCCGCAUGCUGCUGGUCAUCGUCUUCCUCUUCUUCCUCUGCUGGACCCCCGUGUUCGUGGUGAACGCGUGGCAGGCGUUCGACCGGCGCUCGGCCUACCGCCUGACCGGCGCGCCCAUCUCCUUCAUCCACCUGAUGUCCUACACCUCGGCCUGCGUCAACCCCAUCAUCUACUGCUUCAUGAACAAGCGUUUCCGCAAGGGCAUGCUGUCCACCUUCAGCUGCUGCAGCUGCAUCAGGAGGAGCGGCUCGGGGGGGUCGGCCGGCAGCACCAAAGGGGACGGGAGCAGAACGAGAGCGGCGCCAAAGACCCCCGAGCAGAACGGUCACACCCGGACGGGCGGAGCCACCACGCCCUUCAACUACACCGGCAUCCGAGCCUCAGCCUGGAGUGAGCUGACCUAG